AUGAUAGCCUUGAACGACGAAUACGAAGGUCUGUGGGAGUUCUUUGAUGACAUAACUGGUGUACAAACCUUGACGCUUGAUAUGGUGAUUACGAAACUAGUUGACCAGGGAAGCACGUCUGCGUCUAUUGAGGAAGUCAAGGAGACUAUUUGGUUACUAAAUAAGUACCUCCAAACAGACGAUGAAGUACCAGAUAGUCAGUCGAUCUGGGAUGCGAAAGUGUUCCCCGUACGGGAUGUCAAUGGCCAGACCCUACCCCGCAGCUGCGACGAAGCAUUCUCAAUCGCGGAUCGUAAACACCUGUACGACUGGUUUGCUGGAAAGGCCCGCUUUCUUGACUUUAGUGUCAAUGACAUACAUCGACUGGGGCCCUUUCUGAACUGGGUUGGGCUUGAGCGACGUUAUUUAUCCGUUUCUGUCAAAGAUAUUUCAAGGGUGGGCAAUGAUGCCCAGCAAUCUCUGGUGUCAAAAGAUCGAAACAUAGCUCUUAGAGCGUAUGGCUUGCUGCGCAUCGCUGCACAUUACAAUAGCCCCAGGAUGCUGAAGAGUGAGGAUACCUUCUAUGAGCUUCUUAGAACAAUCAGCCAGGACGGGAAAGAUAUCUUGGUGGAAGUGUCGAGAAGUGAAUUACAUUUGCAUGAAACCGAUACUGAUCUGACCAUAUACGUGCCACGAGAUGAAAAGGCACAAUGUCUAUGCUUUGUGGACCGAAUACCGAAAGCUCUUCUAGAAUGGAUCAUGACAGAGCCAACCACAAGAAUAUGCGCGCCUUUUCCUGACAGAGCGUUGGACGUGAUGGAGAAAGUGUUACAAGUGCCACUUCCUUAUGUCGCCGCUACUCUUGAUCGAGCAGGGGUUGUGAGUAUUGAGACCGAAGAGGUUGCUGAAGAGGACGGUAUCGACCUGACAACCAGCAACGGCGACCGUCAGGCGGAAGAGGUCAGUGGCGAUGCAGCAUCUGGCUAUGGAAACCAAUUCGGCACAGAAUCAAAUACACCCAGUGCAACCUUUCCUACGCCGUCAGUCGUGUCGGGCGAAAUCGGAGAAGCAAGUGUGCCAUUGUCAAGGACCAGGUCUAAUUUCCGGAGCUUGUCACCGUCCUCUCUCCUGAGAACCCCCAGGUCCACAUAUAAUGCUGCGCCCGUAUAUAUAGAAUAUCGGUCCAUCCUGGAGAAGGUUGUCUCAGCUGCGCGCCAGUUUAUCUUUCCCACUCGGGGCUCUAUCGAUACAUCACUCCUCGGUGAGUUCCAGAACCUGCAUCUCCGCGAACCAAGCGACAAUACCGGCCACCUUCGUUCGCUAGAGAAGCUCGAGCGCGACAAACGAAUAGGAGCUGCCGGUGAACUAUUUGUGAGUAUCAGCAUGAAAGCCUCAGACAUACCAUGGAAACAAGAAGAUAGACUCAUUCAUCCGCAGGUAUUCGAAGUCCUAUCCCGGCUCAGGCCAAAUCUACCAGGAUUCUCCAGAGAAAGCUGGCAGAGCACCAUUCGCCAGUACAUUCAACUUCACGAGGACUACAUCGACUUGCAACCAUGGUGUGGCCGUGAGACAGCCGACCUUGUGUAUACCGACAGCGAAGGUAUCCUGACCUCCUUCCUCAUAGCAAAAGGCUACUUAAGUUCCGAGAUGUGGGCGGGGAAGUCACCUCGUUUUUACCUGGAAGUCAAAUCCACUACCUCCUCCUGCGAAACGCCCUUUUACAUGAGCAAGUACCAAUACGAACGGAUGCAAUCGUUCUCUGGGGGCGCAUCGGGGUCCGGAGGGUCCGAGAACAUCUAUACCAUAUUGCGUGUUUUCAAUAUAGGGACAAGCUCUGUGGCAAUGAAGGUAUACGUUGAUCCUGAGAGGAUGAGGACGAACCGGCAUUUGCUGUUCACUGCGAGACUUGGUCGAUUGUACCGGGUUCGGGCAAGGCACACUUGA